AUGGUUUUAGUCCAAGAUUUAUUGCACCCAUCUGCUGCCACUGAAGCCAGAAAGCACAAGCUUAAGACAUUGGUCCAAGCUCCAAGAUCGUACUUCCUAGAUGUCAAAUGCCCAGGCUGUUUGAACAUCACCACUGUCUUCUCCCAUGCCCAGACUGCUGUCACUUGCGAAUCUUGCGCCACCGUUCUGUGUACCCCAACGGGUGGUAAGGCCAAGUUGUCCGAAGGUACCUCUUUCAGAAGAAAGUAA